GACAGCGAUGGGGAAGAUGUCACAACAAGCGAACAAUUUGUUUAUUUUGUAAAUCCACGCAUCGUCGUCGUCUGCCAGGCCCCGCGCAUUGUUAGCUAACAGAAAUGGAGGAAGAGUUUUUGAUUUUAAACCUAAAACCGACGACCUGCCGUAUCUGUGCGACGGUCAGCGUCGAACAGUACUGCAUCUACGAAACGAUCUACAAGGACGGUACGCUUAGCAUGCACGCGAUGAUGGAAAAGCUGGUUCCCUCGGUGUUCAACCCGGAGCAGAUGAAGGUGGACGAGUACAUGUGCUGGCCGCGGAAGGUGUGCGAAGACUGCCGGGCCAAGGUGCUGGAGGCGUACGCACUGUACGAGCAGUGCAUGCGGAGUGGCGAUCUGCUGCGCGAAUGCUUGUCGCGCAAACCGGGUGCGCUGGUCAUUGAAAACACGUACGACGAUGAGCUGAAGCAGGACUAUGCGAUCGAAACGACGGUGGAGGAGACAGUGUCGGACUUUGUCGAUCACGACGAACCGAUCGUGCUGGAUCAGAGCACGGAGAGUAGCGUCGGCACUGCCACCGGCCGGCGGGUUAGAAAACAAAUCUCGAAAGAGCCAAAAUCGGGCAAGAAACAAAAGCCAGAUUUGGUGGAACCGCGUACCCCAUCGCCGACCGAUGACUUUGGCUGUGAUUCGGAGGAACAGGACGAAAAACCGCUCAGCAGCUUGGUGGGGAGCGAAAAAGUGGCACGCAAAUCGCGAUCGGCACGAAACGCAAGCGCUAAGCGCAACAGUUCGGCUACCGGAAAAAGCAACGAGCAACGAACGCGUGGAAAGAAGGGACCUGGCAGGAAGCCAAAGCAACCAAAGGAGGAAAGUGACAACGAUACGGAGGAACCGAAAACGAAGGUCGACCUGUACCGCUGUCUGCUGUGCGAUGCACCGACCUACACCUCGCCGAAGGAGCACACCGACCAUCUGCUGAAGGAACAUCCGGACCAGAUACAUUGCUGCAAGCAGUGCCCGAAGGUGUUCAUGACCAAGGCGGCCUUCGAGCAUCACCAGUACUGUCACGCGACGGGGCGUUCGUUUUUCUGCAUGUUUUGCGACAAAGGCUUUCAGACGGAGCAGCUGCUGAAGAACCACAUGCGGACGCAUACGCACGGGACCGGGUUCCUGUGCUCGCACUGUGGGCAGGAGUUUAGUAAUCGGAGCAAUCUACGCCAGCACCUGAUACGGCACACGGGUGAGAAGCCGUGGCAAUGUAAUCUGUGCCCGAGUCGUUUCAGUAUGAAGAGUUACCUGGACAGACAUAUGCACACCCACACGAAAGCCAAGUUUUUCAGCUGCGACACGUGUGGGUCACAAUUUAGCCGACACUAUUCGCUGGUGAAGCAUCAACUAAUCCACACAGGAGAUCGUCACUUUACCUGUGAGGUUUGCAGUAUGCGAUUCACCUCGAGCCACCACGUUAAACGGCACAUGCUUACACACACCGGCGAGAAACCGUUCAAGUGUACGUACUGUGAGCGCAGCUUCACGCAAAGCAACGACAUGGUGAAGCACAUGAAAACGCACGUGGGUGAAAAUCCGUACCAGUGCGAUCGGUGUGAAGCAUCGUUCCGGCUGCUCACCGACCUGCGCAACCACUACAAGGACCACUAUCUGCCGGGCGGCAAGGAUGCACUGUCCGGUGAGGAGGACAAGGGUACGAUACGGUUUACCAGCACGAAUAUACUGAAAAUUCGGUACGAAAAGGAAAGAAACAGUGGUCGGCCGGUUAAGCAGGAGGUACGGGCGGCUGGGCACAAUCAAACGAUGAUUCCGGAAUGUAAACAACCCACAGCUGUAGCGCAGCUGCUUCGCCUUACCCACCACAGUGUCGCAAAACUUUCUCUGCCGCCGCCUCCAGCUACGAUGGAGAAGGAACAGCCCCAAGACCAAACCAUGACGAUACAGCUAACGUUCUGUCGCAUCUGUGCCGUCCUCAGCACGGAGGAGCAUUGCAUCUACGAAGUGGCGUACAGUGCCGGCACACUCAGCAUGCACGCGAUGAUGGAAAAGCUAGUUCCCUCGGUGUUCAACGCGGAGCAGGUAAAGGUGGACGAGUUUAUGUCCUUUCCCACGAAAGUGUGCGGCAGUUGCAAAGCCAAAGUGCUCGAGGCGUACGGGCUGUACGAGCAGUGCGUGAGGAGUGGCGAUCUGCUGCGCGACUGUUUAGCGCGUAAGAAAAACGCAACGUUCAUCGUGAACAUUACCGGUGCUGGUGGUGGUGGUGGUAGUGGCGGGGCGGAUAGUUCCGAGGGCAAACUGAUUGUCCCGCUGGCGUACGAAACGGAGGAAGUGUCGGUAGGUGGCAAACCUCACACUACAACGGUGGUUGAGAUAACGACGGAAGAAAUCGGCCCACACCGUAAGGUGGAAAGUGAAGGCGAAAGUGAGAUAGUGGAGUUGGUUCCUAGCCUUAUUGAUGAAGAUGCCGCUGAACAUGUUGCCUCGGAACAGGGAGAUCAUCCGACGUGUUCCGAGGGGGAAACUGUAACGAUACCUGCUGCCAAGGUAAAGCACGAAACGAGUAGAGCAAAACAUGCACGAACACGUGCGACAACGAAAAGAAACGUAAAGCAAGCAAAAACGACGAAAAGAAAGCAGGACGACACUGCCGACGUGCUGUUGGAAACAACGGAACAACCAAAACUGAAUCCCGUUCAAUUGCGCUGCCUACUGUGCAAUCGACCAGCGUUUGCCGCACCGGCGGAACUUACGCAGCACCUGCACAGCGAGCAUGCGGAUCAAAUUUUGCGCUGCAACCUCUGCCCGAAAGUGUUCAUGACCAAGGUGGCCUUCGAGCAUCACCAGUACUGUCACGCGACGGGGCGAUCGUUCUUUUGCGCGCUGUGUGAUAAAGGCUUUCAGUCGGAGCAGCUGCUGAAGAACCACAUGCGGACGCACACGCACGGGACCGGGUUCCUGUGCUCGCAGUGUGGCAAAGAGUUUAGCGAUCGAAGCAACCUGCGCCAGCACGAGCAGCGCCACACCGGCGAGAAACCCUGGGCAUGCAGCAUGUGUCCAAGCCGGUUUAGCACGAAGGGCUAUCUGACGGUACAUUUGGCCACCCAUACAAAAACGAAAGCAUUCAGCUGCGACACGUGCGGAUCACAGUUUAACCGGCACUACUCACUGGUGAAGCAUAAGGUCAUCCACACAGGAGAGCGUCACUAUGCCUGCGAAGUUUGCAAGAUGAGGUUCGCGUCGGCGUACCAUGUGAAAAUACACAUGCGAACGCACACCGGUGAAAAGCCGCACAAAUGUGGCUACUGUGCCCGUGGCUUUGCGCAGAAGAACUGCAUGCUGAAGCAUAUGAAAACGCACGGCAAACCGUACCCGUGCGACCGGUGCGAUGCAUCGUUUCAUGCGAUAGCGGAUUUGCGGGUACACGCGAAGGAGCACGAUCGGGUACGGAAGCAGGAAGAGGUUGAUGCCCCUGCGGAACAAUAACCACAAUGCAAUGUAGAUGUAAGUGUCAGUAAUGGAUAAAGUUGACAAAAAUCCGGAGUCGACUCCGGAGUUGUUCGGAAUCGCCCGGAAUCGUCCGGAGUCUUUCGGAGUCAUUCGGAGUUAAGUUUAAUGGGGUUAAGGUUAUUAGUAUUGUUUAAUAUGAAAACUAUUUAAUUUGGAGCGAUUAAAAGGGUGCACAGGUAUUUGACUGGGCUUAAUUUGCUCCAGGAACU